CCCUCCCCUCUCCAUCCCGCGCCGCCUACCUUCCUCCCGAUUUUCUUCCUCUCCAGUUUACGUGUAGAAAUUAAAACAAAUCAUCAGCUUCAUGAUCAGGGAGGAAGAAAAUCGGCCCAAACCCAAUUGGAACCACUGCGUCAGCUUCACCGUCGACGAGCCCUCCCUCCACCGGAACCGCCUCACAAUCAAAUUCAAAAUCUUCUCCGACCGCAGCCUCGGCAACCGCUAGAUCGGUGAGGUCAACGUCCUCGUCAAGGAGCUCUUCGAAGGCGGCGGCGGGGGAUAAAUCGAUGACUUACGCAGUCAGGACUCCCAACGGCAAGAGCAAAGGCACGCUGACAAUUCGCGUACAAGUUCGGCGAGAAAUUCUCCGUCGCGGCCGCUUCGCCGAAGGCAAUGAAGCCAGAUCCGACCCAGCCUAUGAUGGCCAACCCGCCGAAUCUAGGAAUUGGGGCUGGGGGGUACCCGGGAUACCCACCGCAGCCCGCCUACGACGAGUAUGGAGCGCCGGUGGUGUAGAGACCUCACAAGAGCGGCGGCGGAAGCAGAGGGAAGAUGGUGCUGGGAGUAGGAGCCGGUUUUCUGGGCAGAUUGUUGGUGGGUGAUAUGAUUUUGGAUGUUGGGGAUAUGGGGGCUUAUGAUGCCUGCUAUGGUGCUGGGGUUUGACGAUGGAAGAAAAUCGGGAGGAAGGAAGGCGGCGGGGGUAUGGAGAAGGGGAGGGUGUUGAACUGUUGAUUUGUUUUAGAAAUUAGAGUUUUAAUCUUAGUGGGUAGUUUAAUUGGUGGGUAGGGUCUGGUUUGGUUAGAGGGUUGGGUAAGUUUAGAUGACAUGGCGGGUCGGGUCAGCCUAUUUUCGGGUUAAAUAGUGCUGAUUAGGCAAUUCCGUCUGCCACGUCAUCACUUAACGGACUCUGUUAACGGCGAUGGACGGCAGCUAACGGAGAGUGACCAAGCGUGAACGAUUUUUGUAAAGUGAAGUACCACCAAUGAAUUUAAAUAUUUCGA